AUGGACGGAGACGCGUUUAUGUGGAUGAAGGACGCGGAGGAGAUGGAGGAUGAUAUGGAGGAAGAGGAUGUGAUGGAUCGUCUGACCGCCUUCGCUGCGGUCAUGGUCGGGAUAGAGGAGGCGCGUCGAUUGCGCGCUGAGCGACGGCUCCCUAGCCGCCUGUAUCUCUGCCGUCCACAGCUCAUGCCCAACCCCCGGUUCAGUACACCUUGGCAGGUCCUGCACGGCAGCCGCAGCGAUCGGGCAUUCAUCACCACCAUGGGAUUCGAUACAGCCACUUUCGACAGCAUUCUCGACGACGGUUUCGCCGCUGCUUGGGUCGCAACACCUAUUCCACGGAACGACGUGUCACACGCGGGAAAGCCAUGCCCUGGUGGACGUUCACUUGAUGCCGCCGGUGCUCUCGGCUUGGCAUUGCACUUCCUCACGUCCACCAUGCGCGAGAUCAGCUUACAGCAAAUCUUUGCGCUCAUUCCCACCACCGUCUCUCGAUAUAUCAACUUUGCAUGUGCCAUCUUGUUGAAUGUGCUGCGUAAGAUACCCGACGCUCGAAUUGCUUGGCCAGUGACUGUCGACGAAUUCCGAGAGCUCAACACGCUCAUUGUCAAGCGGCAUCCUGUCCUCACAGGAGCGUUUGCGGGGAUCGAUGGUCUGGAGCUAUUGUCCGAGACUUCUUCAGAUCCGGAGAUUGAGAAUGAGACAUACAACGGCUGGAAGUGCAAUCACUGUAACUCCAAUGUCCUCGUCUUCUCUCCGAAAGGCAUAAUCAUUGCUGCAAGCAUCAACUGUCCUGGAAGUUGGCACGACUCUCGAGUUGCGCGACCAAUAUACGAGAAGCUUCGCGAGAAUACACCGGCUGGCUUCUAUCUUGUUGCGGACACGGCCUUUCCUCGCGGUACUGGACAGAUCGAAGGCAAGAUUCGGGCUCCCAUCAAGUCGGGACAGACUAUCACUGGACGUGAAGACGAGAUCCAAGAGCGGCUCGAAUUCGAUCGGCAAUUGCUGGCAUAUCGUCAAACUGUCGAAUGGGGUAUGAGAUCUGUUCAGGGCGCGUUUGGACGACUACGAAUCCCGUUGGAUAUCAACGACAACAACAGGCGAGGUAAUAUGAUUGAACUCUGUCUGCGAUUGCACAACCUUCGUACAAAUCGGGUCGGACACAAUCAAAUUCGCACUGUCUAUAUGCCAGUUUGGAGGGAGAGUCAAGAUGACGAGGAGGUUUGGUCCAACUUCGAGCAGAUGCUCUUCUCAGACCAGCGGAGGAAGGAUCGGGUCGCUCGUUAUCAUAACUUUCCGGACUAUGUCACUUGA